AUGAAUAUAAUAAAAAGAACAAGAAAUAAAUUAUUUAAGAAUGAAAAAAAUAAGUCAGAAAGUGGUGUUACACAAAUUUGUCCUGCUCCAAAUUGGGAAGAUAAUAUUAAAAAAAAGGAUAAAAUACCUAAUGUUGGAAUAUUAAAAAGACUAUUUCAUCCAGGGCCAAUUUUUACAUUAAUUCUUAUUACAGUUAUUGCAAUAUUAUCUUUUUAUCUUCAUUUUGUUUAUUUUAAUUAUACAAUCAGUUCAAUUAUCUUUUCUGUAUGUUAUGCAUAUAUUGCUGGUCAACUUUUAAUGAACUAUAUUUGUGCUUGUUAUUAUGGACCUGGGUAUUUACCAAAAAAUUGGGAACCAAUACCAAAUGAAUAUAAAGUUAAACUUCAAAAAUGUAAUCGUUGUCAAGGUUACAAAGCACCUCGAUCUCAUCAUUGUAGGAAAUGUAAUAAUUGUUGUAUGAAAAUGGAUCAUCAUUGUCCAUAUAUAAAUAAUUGUCUUGGAUUUGAUGUACAUAUAGUAUACUUAUUAGUAGUGUUUACAUAUGGACAACAUUUUGAGCAUCUUUCUUUUAAAAAUAUAAUUUGUGCAGUUGUUAAUUUUGCUUUUGCUUUUGCUGUUAAUGUUGCUUUAUCGUUGUUAUUAUUUAUUCAAAUGAAAGCUGUUGUAAAAAAUAAAACGCAAAUUGAAAGUUUUAUUUAUGAUAAAAUGAUGCUUUCGCAAACAUUAGAUGAUGGCACAAAAUCAUCAUAUCCAUAUGAUUUAGGAUGGUGGGAAAAUUUAAGACAAGUAUUUUUAUAUGGACCAAAGCCUAAAGGAAAUGGGAUUUGGUAUGAUACUAUUGUAGGGACUGAUAAUUUCACACUUAGUGGUAUUCAAAAAAUGCUUAAAGCCGAGAAAAUGUCUUAUUCCAGAAAGUAUGAGGUUAUCAAUAGUGAAAAUGAAAUAUCUAAUAUUUUUAAACUUUUUUUAAAAUAUGGUUUUUCUAUAACAUGGAAUAAACCAUGUUGUAAUGGAGAAGAUUUUAUUUCUGUUAAAGCAGGUGAAAUAUACUUAGUUAAUAAAGGAACCAAACAUUGGAUUUACGGAGAAAGAAUUUAUCCUGCCUCUAAUUCUUUAGUAGAAAUUAAAGGAUGGUUUCCAAGGAGAUUAGCUAGACUUUAUCCAGAUGAGCUUUCAUCAGAUGAUGAGAAAUAA